GUGCAUCGGAGGGCUGUGAUGGGUUAUGAUUCCUAGGUUUGGAAGUUAAUUAAAAUGGACACCACAAUUUUGUUUUGAUGACAUUCAGCAGUUUGGAAACUUGAUGAAAGCAUCAUAAAAAUGCCUGCUGGACAGAUGCGGGUAGCAAGCCCCAAACUUCAUCACAGCCUUUACAGCCUGACAGACAGCUCAGACCCUGAACAAGACGGUGAGGAAGCAGUUGGACCGCUAUGCCUUACUCCCCUGCAGAAGCUCACAACAGACAUGCACAAGGAUGACAGAAUCAUCAAGGAACUGGUCAUCGGCCGCAGGGUGGGCUUCUACAAGGUUCGAGGAGAGAUUGGUCAUGGGACUUUCUCCAGAGUCAAACUGGCUUUUCAUGCUCUGACAAAAGACAAAGUGGCCCUUAAAAUCCUGGACAAGACAAGAUUUGACCAUCAGGCCCAGCGGCUUCUCUCCAGGGAAGUCAGCAGCAUGAACUCCAUGGAGCACCCUAACAUCAUCCGUCUCUAUGAAGUGGUGGAGACGCCAAGUCGCCUCUACCUGGUGCUUGAGUACGCCGGUGGAGGAGACCUCCACAACAAGAUCUGCAAUGAAGGAAAACUUGCUGACAACACCAGCAAGAUCACAUUCUCACAGAUCCUCUCUGCCAUUAAAUAUAUGCACAAUAAUAACAUCAUCCACCGGGACCUGAAGGCAGAGAAUGUUCUGUUCACCGGCAGUGGCUGUGUCAAGGUGGCAGACUUUGGAUUCAGCACGCAGAUUUCCAACCGCAAUGAUGCCCUCGACACCUUCUGCGGCUCACCCCCAUAUGCCGCCCCGGAGCUCUUCAGGGACGAGUGCUAUCUGGGCCCUCCAGUGGAUGUGUGGGCCAUGGGGGUCCUACUUUUUUUCAUGGUGACCGCCACCAUGCCAUUCCGUGCUGAAACCAUGGGCAAGCUGAGGCGCUGUGUCAUCCAGGGCGCGUACAGUAUCCCCCCGUGGGUUCCUGGUCCCUGUCAGAGACUCAUCAGGGGCAUCUUAAAGGCAGAUCCCAUUGAGCGUUAUGCUGUUGACCAGAUGCUGGGUUGUGAUUGGCUUUUACCUGUGGAAUUCCCUUGGUCGUUGGCAUCUCCGGAACCAGCAAGCCCUGUGCAGGGCCUGUUGGAUUCUGAAAGUAGGGACCUUGUGGAGGAGGAGGAGAUGGAGGAGGUCCGUUGCUCACUAGAGAAGCUCGGGUUUACCUCAGCACACCUACGGAACAAUCGACAAAAUGACCGCCGCACCCCUGAUGCAGGGGUCUAUCGAAUCCUGCUGCACCGAGUGCAGAGGAGGAGGGGCUGCGACAGCCUGCCGGUGGUCCGAGGGAUGGUGAGCGACCCCAAGCGGGAGGGACUUAGAGCAUACAGGGGCCUCAGGCACACGUCCAAACUCUGUGUGCUUUCAUAAUAUGGUAUGCAGGUCUGCUUAGGCUGUUUUUAUUAUACCGCUUUUGUAGUCGCAUUGAUUUAAAUACUGUUUUCAAUUUCCCCCUAUCUUUAAUUACCCACUCGACCAAUCACUAGAACACAUUAAGAGAGCAAGUUUUCAGUUUUCAGCCAGCUUAACCCUUUUGUAUAAGCAAUGUAUUUAAAAGAAUGAUUUCACAUUGACAGCACAUUAUUGUCAAACUCAAAUAAAUGUUUGCUGUCGCGCUCUACAGAAGAAAAGUAAAUGAAAUGGUCACUUUGGUAAUAUUUCAUAUUUAUGCAAUAUUUCCUUGCACUGAAAAAAAAACAGCAAUGAAAUAAUACAAAGCUUGAGUGUAUCUUUUUUUAAAAAACAAUAACAAAAAUAUGUGCCUGGUAAAAGAAGAUUGAGUUCUUGUGCAUCUUUGGAGAUGUAGGAGAAUUAUAUAUGAGUGUAUGUGGGUGUGUGCGGCGGCAGUUUCUUGUAUGUGCGGCUGCACUGGGUGGCAUUUCUGCGGGGCAGUAACCCGCCUCCCAAAAAUAAAAAUGCUCCGUAAAAUGGUUUUCUUUUGGCAAAAUGUGAACGAUUGCUGUUUGUAUGGAGAAUUUGUAUCUCCUUGUGCAGACAUUAUAAGGAGUCUUCAAAAUUUUGCUAAUAAAUGUUGACGUGAGAUGUUAUCAACGAUUGCAAGUUGCAAUGUUCUUUACAUUUUUUAUUUAAUUCAAUUGACGUUAAUUUUCUUCGAACAAUGCCAGUAGUGUGUAGGUCAACUGAAAGUUGA